AUGGCCGACCAACCUACUAUUCGCCUCGCGACAGCAGAGGACGUCCCCCUCAUCCUCCAAUUCAUCCGCGAACUAGCCGACUACGAAAAAGCCCUGCACGAAGUCGAAGCCACCGAAGAAUCCCUCCUAGCAACCCUCUCCUUCCCCAACGACCCUCCCAAGCGCGGCUCCGUCUACACAGCAUUGAUCACACCCCCACCGUCGCCACAGAACCCCUCCCCAAUCCCUGUCGGCAUGGCCUUGUACUUCUACAAUUACUCUACCUGGCGCUCCGCCCCAGGCAUUUACCUCGAGGAUCUGUAUGUCCAGCCCUCGGCCCGGGGUAAUGGCUAUGGCUUUAAGUUGUUGAAGUACCUGGCCAAGCAGGUGUUGGAGGUUAAGGGCCGCAGGUUGGAGUGGAGCGUGCUUACUUGGAAUACGCCGAGUAUUGAGUUUUAUAAGCAGGUUGGGGCUAAGGCUAUGGAUGAGUGGUUGAAGAUGAUGGUUGAUGGGGAGGCAUUGGUGAAGUUGGCGGAGGGGGCGUAG